CGAUAGGAUAGAAAGUGAUUACUGUACUGCAUCUUUUUCUGGAAUGUAUUUGAUUAAAUCAUGGCACUAUCUUCCACCUCGAUAGAUCCACAGAGUCUGGGUUUCAUCAAGUUACAAAGUAAUGCUAUCAGGACAAGAGGCAAUGGCGAAAGAUACAUAUUGUUUUUCUAAUAAUUGUUGUUGCGAUUGCCGCAUCGAGCAUCGAAGAAGAUUACUCCUUCAUCGCAACACUAUACGAAGGAGAUGCGGAAACAUGCGAUUGAUUUCAUUCUUCACCUAUCUAUUUUGCAAUGCUCGUAAUCCUCUAGUGGGAAAGGCCGCGGCUUUCGCACCACUUAGUUUACAAGCUCAUGUAGCAUCGCGGAGAAAGCAUCCAUUCAUCGUUGGGUCUAUGACUACAUUAACGACAUCUUCUACUUCAGCGAUGACGAUAGGAAUAACAGGAGAAUCAAACCCGACGUCGACUUUUGCUACUGCGACGCAGUAUACCAUCGAUGAUAGCAUUUGCUCACCUACAAAAGCAGAAACAUUGGAGAAAGCCGUUUACAAAGCGUGCCGCUCAUUGGAAGUUUACAUGGAGAAAAAACCUACUGCUGCUCACACACGACGCGCUUUUGAMGUCCUCGUGGAAAUGAUUGCCGAGGAAGGAUCGAAUGRUUAUGAAGGUAUCAUUCUAGAUAGUGGCUGUGGAACGGGAAAAUCGACAAAGCUUCUAGCUAGCAGCAUCUAUCCACAACACUUGGUUAUUGGAGUGGAUCGUUCACUUGCUCGUUUGACGAAAACAAAAGAUAAUCGACAAGGCGGUGGUCAAAGUGGCAAUAAUGACGAAAGGAAAGGGGGCAAUUGCGAAAACAGUCCGCAUACGGACAAAAGGGAGGCUUAUUGUCAUCGACUUUCCAAUAAUGCGUACCUCGUUCGAGCUGAGUUAGUAGAUUUUUGGAGGUGUUGUAUAGARCACGGCUGGACGACCGAAGAUGAGAAGGGUGGCGGUGACAAUAGCUUGAAAAUCUCACACCACUACAUGCUCUAUCCAAACCCAUAUCCAACUAAAGCGCGACUCUCUUCGCGAUGGUAUGCCCAUCCAAGUUUUCCCUUGAUUUUGAAGCUUGGAAUUCAAACCAUGGUCAUUCGCUCGAAUUGGGAAGGUUAUUUGAAAGAAUUUUCCCAAGCCAUCGUCAUGGCGAAUGCCUUUUAUGUUGGCCACAGCGACGAAGACAGCCUGCACGGGGGUAGUAAUUUAGCUCUUCCAUACAUUUCUUCUGCGAAGAAAGGGCCAACUGAACGGACCGACAAAGCCAUGGCGCUCACAAAUUUUGAAAGUAAGUAUGAUAACGUGGGAGAAUCUACCUAUGAGUUAAUACUCGAACGUGCCCAUACAUAAAUAAUGGAUAGUGGUUGAUUUCACUGUCUUAAAUUGUUGAUACGUAUAAGACAAGCAUUAGUUUCAGAAUGGUUUUAAGUUGGCUGAUGAACUUCCUUCGUUUCUUGUUCAAUCACCAGCUGGCACACGCCUGUAAACGGUGCAGGUGAAUUUUUGAGCUUGUCAGUAGUAUGUGAAAAGAUGACUAGUAAUAGGUACAAGAAUACCAUUCAUUUCUUCGGCCAAGUCAGAUGAUCCCUCCUGCGCAAUGAGAUAUAACCAUCC